UGCUGUAAAAGUGAGGUUAAAAUUUAAAUUUGAAAACGUCAAAAUAAUUCAUUAAUUUUGUUUUAAUUGAAGUUUAAAACUACAAAAAAUGGAAGAUAAUCGUUUUUCACACAUUAAAACGGAUCCAAAAUUCCGUCGCAUUUCCAAGAAAGAAAGGAAAGUAAAAAUAGACAAACGAUUUCAAUCUAUGUUUAAUGAUAAAAAGUUUAAAGUAAAGUAUACCACAGAUAAAAGAGGUAGACCUGUAAACCAUACUUCGAACGAAGAUUUAAAACGUUACUAUGAACUCAGUUCUGAGUCGAAUAGUUCAGACAGUGAGUCCGAAAAUGAAGAAUCUGAAGAUAUUGGAAAGCAUGUCAAGAAGUCUGAAGAAAUUAGAAAGCAGGUCAAGAAGUCUGAAGAAAUUGGUAAGAACAUCAAAAAGUCUGCAAAAAUUAAUGAAUUAGAAGAGAAGGACAUAUCUGAUAAAGCUUUGCCAGUAAAUGUGAAGAAAAAAUUAAAAGACUUAUCAGUUGAUUAUGCUAGAGGCGAGUCGAAAUUAUUAUCUGAAAGUUCAUCAGACGAUGAAGAGUCUGAAGAGGAAAUAUCAGAAAGUGAGGAUAUAGACCACAAAUGGGGUGAAUUGGAUGCCGAAGCUGAACAAACUGAAGAAGCAACACAUAGAUUGGCUGCUUGUAACAUGGAUUGGGAUAGAAUUAGAGCACUAGACUUAAUGGUGCUGUUUAAUUCGUUUCUACCACCUGGAGGCAUAAUCAAAUCCGUUGCUAUUUAUCCUUCAGAAUUCGGUAAACAGAGAAUAAAAGAGGAAGAAAUUAAAGGCCCUACUGAACUAGUUGACCCUAAUACUGAAGAAUUGAAAGAUGAAGAUGAUAAUGAAGAAGGUUCCAAUUAUCACAUGGAAAAACUAAGACAGUAUCAGCUGAAUAGGCUCAAAUAUUAUUACGCCAUUAUAUCGUUUGAUAAUGUCAAUUCUGCUAACAAAAUUUACACAGAAUGUGAUGGAAUGGAGUAUGAAUCAAGUGCUAUCAAAUUAGAUUUGAGGUUUGUACCAGACAGUAUGGAAUUUGAUGAUGAACCAAAAGAAAUUUGUGAUAAGUUACCGGAGGUCAACAAAUAUCAGCCAAGGUUUUUCACCAACACAGCAUUGCAGCAAGCUAAAGUAGACCUAACAUGGGAUGAAACUGAUCCCAAUCGCAUAGAGGUAACCCAAAAAUUAAGUACUGGUAAAAUAGAUGAGUUAACCAAGGAAGAUUUGCAAAACUAUUUAGCAAGCAGCAGUGAAGAGGACAGUGAAAAAGAAACGGAAGAACUAGAAGAUUUCGAAGAAGAAAGAGGAAGCAAAGAGGAUAUGAUUAAUAAAUACAAAGCAUUGUUACAAGAUAUAGAAAGUAAAGAAAAAUCGGAGAAAGAUAAAGAUGUGGAAAUGGAGAUAUCUUGGGGCAUAAACUUGAAGAAUAAGACAGAAAAAUUGGUUAAAGAUAAAAGCAAUCAAGAUAUGACGCCAUUUGAGCAGUAUUUGGAAAAAAAGAAAGAAAAACGCAAGGAAAAGAAAAAGCAAAAGAAGGAACAAGAUGAUGAUUCAGACAUGCCUUCUGACAUUGACAUCAAUGAUCCCUACUUUGCUGAAGAACUUAACAAUCCAGAAUUCAAGAAACCUAAAAAACAGACAGAUAAACUCGAAGAAGAUGAUGAUGAACAAAAACAAAAAGAAUUAGAAUUACUACUGAUGAACAAUGAUGAUGACGAGAAUAAGAAACACUUUUCUUUAAAAAAGAUACAGGAAAGCGAAUCGACAAAGAAAAAGAAAUGGAAGAAUAAGAAGAAAGAUACAGAAGAAUGGGCAGAAGAUAAUUUCAAGGUUAACAUAAAUGAUGAUAGAUUUUCUGCUUUGUUCACCAGUCAUCUUUAUAACAUUGAUCCCACUGAUCCAAAUUUCAAGAAAACAAAGGGUAUGGAGACUUUGGUCAGUGAAAAAUUGAAAAGGCGAUUGGAAAAUGGAAAUGAAAGUAUCAAAGUUAAGAAAGUUAAAACUGAUAAGAAGAGGAAUGCUGAGUUAAGUACUUUGGUUAAGUCCGUUAAGAGAAAAGCUACUGAAUAUAUGAAUAAAUAGAAAAUUGUUUUCUUUUAUCCUUUUUUCAUAUUUUCAUUCCGAACAUGGGUAAUGUUGCAGUUGAAGGGUCUGGAAAUGCUCCCUGUGCACACCAUUUCUGUUCUAGGUAGUUUUGUCAGUUGGAAUCGUUACAUAGUUGCCAGGUUAUAUUUAAUUAUUUGGAAGCAGGGAAUAAGUAGAUUGAAAUAACUAUUUUACUUUUAAUCAUCUAUUUACCAAUUUUUACAUCGAUUAAAAAUCCCAUAAAAGUAAAAAAUGUUCUAAAGAUUUUCAAGUAAUACGAUCGUUAUUUUUAAUGUCAAUAAUACCUUUCAAUAGUGAUAAUUACAAAAUUUAAAAUCUAUCAAAACUGUCUUAUAAAACAAAACAGAAUUGUUAUUUUAAAAUAUAAAUCUUUAUAUUUAUUUAUCAUACAUUUUAAUGUAUAGAGGUUACAAUUUGGUUAAAAAAUAAACUAUGAAAUAAAGCAAGCUAAAAUAAAAGUGGAGAUUUGACAACGUGGCUUGUGCAAAUUCAAAUUCUAGAUGUAAGUGCAGAGUGGUGUGAACAUGAGCAUUUCUAGACCUGUCAACUACAACAUUAUGUUAUUAGGAGGUUAAGAAGUAAAUGAAAGUUGAAAGUAUGUACUUUUAACAAAGAAAGUUUAAAAACUUACUAUAGUCUGAACAAAAGAGGAGUGCAGUAAAAGUGGGGACAUAACGUCACAUCCCAUAGGCUUACUUUGCAAAAUAAUUUUCUAUAAUAUAAAUAAGGUCGCGGCAUGUAAAAUGGUACAUACUCAUUCAAUUUUAAAUAAAAAUACGUGUGGCACUCGGGGACUGCCGCGGUAAAGCUAUUGCAUAGUUUGUUUUUAUCAACUUAUGCAAUUAUAAUUAUUUAUUUAUUUUGUUUAUGCAGAAUUUUUUUUUCUUUGAUAUUAAUUUAAGUUUUUUUUUUUUGAUAUUAUUUCAAGUUAUACUUUUUGAGCGUGA